ACGGAGCGAAAUCGAAGAGCUCCGAGCCUCACAUGUCCAGGUCACCGCCAAACAUGCCUUCAGGAUUUCUGCGAAAAUGCUCCCAUAACGAGGGUUAAUGUCAAGCGCAGUGACUACUUAAGGUCACAGAGAUGGUCAAGCUCUCCGCCUCCCUCGCAACACUCACAGCCCUUAUUCCGCUCGCGGCAGCACAGGCCGCAGAGUGGGGUCAAUGCGGUGGUAUCGGCUGGACUGGCGCUACCGCUUGUGUUUCGGGCACGACCUGCGUCGAGUCUAACCCUUACUAUUCGCAGUGUCUCCCAGGCGCUGCGUCAGUUGCUCCUUCGUCACCUGGCGGUGCUGCCCCCAGUGGCACCUCUAGCGGCAGCCUCCCGACUGGAACCUCAACUGCUAAGCUCAACACGCUCGCUAAGGCUGCUAGCAAGCUGUACUUCGGUACCGCCACCGACAACCCUGAGCUAACAGACACUGGCUACACCGCAAUCCUCGAUGACAACACCCAAUUCGGCCAGAUCACGCCUGCUAACAGCAUGAAAUGGGAUGCUAUCGAGCCUGAGCAGGGCGUGUUCACAUUCACCGAAGGUGAUCAGAUCGCCGACCUCGCCAUGACAAACGCCAUGCUCCUUCGUGGACAUAACUGCGUUUGGUACAACCAGCUCCCCAGCUGGGUGUCCGACGGAACAUUCACUGUGGCACAACUCACCUCAGUCAUCCAGAACCACUGCUCUACUCUCGUUGGCCACUACAAGGGUCAGGUCUACGCCUGGGACGUUGUGAACGAGCCGUUCAACGACGACGGCACCUGGCGCACGGAUGUCUUCUUCAACACGCUCGGCACGUCCUACCCCCAGAUCGCGCUCGAGGCUGCGAGCCAGGCGGACCCGAACGCGAAGCUGUACAUCAACGAGUACAACAUUGAGUUCGCGGGCCCGAAGGCGACGGCGCUGCUAAGCCUCGUCGAGUCACUCAAGUCCGCGGGCGUGCCCCUCGACGGUGUCGGCUUCCAGUGCCACUUUAUCGUCGGCGAGGUCAGUGGCUCGGGCCUGCAGACGCAACUGUCGACCUUUGCUGCCCAGGGCGUCGAGGUCGCCCUCACUGAGCUCGACAUCCGCAUGACGCUCCCGGAGACGCCGGCGCUGCUCGCACAGCAGAAGACCGACUACAACAGCGUCAUCACCGCCUGCAUGAGCGUCGAGUCCUGCGUCGGUAUCACCGUCUGGGACUGGACUGACAAGUACUCAUGGGUCCCCUCGACCUUCUCUGGCCAGGGCGCUGCUUGCCCUUGGGACGAGAACUUCGUCAAGAAGCCCGCGUUCGACGGUAUCGCUGCAGCUCUCAGCGCAUGAUCGGUCACGUCAAUGGAAGAGGGUGCUUAGACGGUCUGUGACAAGUGUAGGGAGUCUUUCGAAAACUUUUGCAUUCAUGCUGUAAUAUAUUUCUGGUUACUUCUCCUCUGCCUGCAUCUCAUACCGCAGUGCCGUUGUUAACAUAUAUGUUCUGGCCGUUUACCCAAUUGGCUUCGUCCCGAGCCAAAAAAGCGACCAUGGGCGCAAUUUCCUCCGGCUGGGCGAUGCGCUUCGCGGGGUGAUUCUCAGCGAGACGGUCGAUGACAUCUUGGCUGAGCGUUCUGAAGAAUGCCGGGGUCGCGGUAGGUCCAGGAGAGACAGUAUUGACAGUGAUACCCUUGGCUCCAAGGUCCUUGGCGAGCACGCGACUGAACUGCUGCACCGCACCCUUCGUCCCAGCGUACAGUAACAUAUGCGGCCCAACAUUUGAGUUCUUCGUCAAGUUGGAGGACACGAGGAUCACGCGACCACCCGCUUUCAUGUACUUGCAUGCCGUCUGAACCUGGAAGAGAGGAACCUUGACAUUGACUGUGAAGUGCUUAUCAAACUCCUCUUCGGUGAUGUCCUCCAGCGUCUGGAGGAUCGUAUGUACCGCAUUCAGCACGAGAAUGUCGAUCUUGCCGAAGUGCUCCGCGCUCCUCUCAACAACCCGGUUUCCCUCCGCGAGCGAGGACAUGUCUCCUUGGACAAUGAUUGCGGAGCCCUUGCCCUCCUUGUUGAUCUCAUCCGCGAGCAUCUGCGCAGCAUCCGCAGAGUUGACGUAGUUGAUGACCACGGACGCGCCGUCUGCGGCGAGCCGCUUCGCAAUUGCCGCGCCGAUGCCACGAGAAGAGCCAGUGAUGACAGCCACUUUGCCUGCGAGGGGAAGAGACAUAAUUGUGAUGCGAGAAGGAUAGGUGAUAGGUGAGUGGAAUAUCGUCUAGUUGAGGAAUGAACGGGAAUGCGGGCUACCGUUGUGCGACUGCCGCUCUUAUAGUGAGAACUUCAGUCCAAGAAUGUGCCGGCGACGCCGCUCUCAAAGACUACUUUGUCAGCAUCGACUCCUUCCAGCAUUGCGGAAUAUUCUACACGACCGUGAGUAAUUAGUCGCAGUGCCUUUCACAGUACAACAGGAUAUCAACGAUGUUUAUUAUUGUGCCAAGGACGCUAUACCGGUAGCAAGGUGCUAUUACGUGCGGAUAUCGCCGCAGAGCAGCAGAUAUCCUCCCGAAAUGGACAACAUGCCAGGGAUACAAGAGGAUUUUAGAUAUCUGUUCGUAGAUAGUCAGCUCACAAGCACGAAGGAAAGCUCCGUGGGUGAAAGCACUGAUCACUUCGAAGUUCGAAACAACGCGGCCUCGUUAUCUGGCCCAGCACCGUCGCAUAGCAAGAGCAUGCCGAUCGCACCGUACAUAGUUCGGAUGACUAAGCACUUGAACCUGACG